AUGAUGCUUCUAUGGUAUUUGAUUUCAGUUGUUACGGCCUUCGAAGCCAAAUACAAAAUCAAAGUCAAUGAGUUGCCGGUUGCCCAAUCUGCAGCUACUGAAUUGUCCAGUGUCGUGAAGUACAAUGGAAGUUACGAAGUUUUAAGAAUCAAUAAUCAAGAUACCAAUAUAGUGUGCUUUUUGCCAGAUGUUAAUAGUAUACCUGAUCCUGCCAAAGAAGAAACCAAAAGAACAGAUGAUGAACUAUUGAAUGAUGUACUCGAUAACUUCACCAAGCUUUUUGAUGCCCAAUAUUGUUCAUUUACCACAGGUUUGAACUCAGGUUAUUGGACCUACGGAUAUUGUUAUGGAGAUAAGAUAAUUCAAUUUCAUGAAAAUCCUGAAGUAUAUGAAAAGACAGGUAACCAUAUCCCUGAAUUACCUAACCAUGUGUUUGUAUUAGGACGCUUCAAUGGCAGUGAUUCUCAUCCUCCCAAGAUACGUAAUCAGUCAACACCCAAAUCGAGAAUCAUGAAAAAGUCUGAUUAUCAAUUGAUUCCCGAUCCCUUGGCUAUUGGAUCUAAUAUAGGAACACAGAAAGCUUUGAGCCAUACCCUCACUGACGGAGAGAUUUGUGAUGUUACAAAUGAACCAAGGAAAAUCAAUGUUGUCUAUAGGUGUGAUCCUAGCAUUAAUUAUGAUUUGGCUAUUUUUGGAGUAAAUGAAAUAACAACUUGUGAAUAUCAAAUGAUUGUAAGCGUAAGAAGUUUAUGUAGAUAUGAAGAAUUCUCGUCUAUCAGUGACGAAAAGGUCAUGGAUAUUGUUUGCAACAGAGUUGUUGAACAUGGAAACAAUGGUAAUUUACAAGAUAUGAUUGAAUAUAAUGUUCCACAAGAAUUACCUCCAUUCCCUCAACCCAAAUCGAUGAAAAUUGAUUUACAAGAUUAUGAUAUUGUUGCUGGAGGUAACGGAUUCUAUUGGGGGAGAUCAAAAUCAUUUGAUCAAACUUCUAGCAUCUAUGAUCGAAGAACGAUACUUAUUUAUAAUGGAUUAGAAGUUGAAACCAAAAAAAUGAUAAGCUCAUUCUCCAAAAUGUUCAUUGAUUCAAUGGAAGGUAAAAUCCUUUCACCAUCAAGUGAAUCGCGGUUAUUCAAUAAUAAAAGAGUGAUAACAUGGGAUGAUACUUUUGUAGUUUGGUAUGAAGUAUAUGAUCAUAAAGGAGCUUUCAUAGCCGUUGUUAAAGUGGGGAGAGAUGGGAAGUUAAGUACAAAAUCUACCAAUCUUCAAUGGGUAGAUCCUUUUAAAAUGAUAGAUCAAGAUGGUGAUGCAGUAAGUCCUCCAAUUCCUGAUCCUGAAAGGAAAUUAUAUGAAUAUCAAACAUUUAGCAAAGGUGAAGUGGAUGCUCAUUUACAUGAAAGCACUAAUACUGUAACUGUCACUAAAACAUUGGAGGAUACGGAAACAUCAGAUCGGUUGGCUUCACCUGAACCUGAAGAAGAUAUAAACAAUCAAAUCUUAGGGUUAAUCAAACAGUUACAAGAUCUUGGAGUUGAAAUUCAAUUCGAUGGCCACUUAAAUGGGCCUUUUGAAAAUGAAGUAAAUAGGAUAGUUGAUGAAUUAUAA